AAUUCUUUUAGGGCAAUUUACAAAACCAUUAAAUGCACAAAACCAACUCUUUCAGCACUUUGGUACUAAAUCAGAAUUAAAAUUUGCACAAAUAAGCAUUGGUCACACCAUUUUUGGGAUUGCUGACUCGAUUAUAAUCUUGAUCUGCAUGUUUCUGGUUUUACUGUCUACAUGUGGGGUGGACGGGGUUGACAUAAACUGUCCCACAGUCCCUCCCACUGGGUCUGGCAUUCAGGUACAGCUCCCUCCCUCCCUCUAUAAAGCCUCUCAUGUUAGCAGUGUAAACUUCAGACUUCAACUCAUGGUAAAUUCUUUGUAGCCUUAGAAGCAACACCUAACUCUGCUCAGCAGUACACAACACACUUGGAUGUGCAUCAUAAAUUCUCUUCAUCACUUGAUAGACAUACCCUGAGCUCCCAGCCAAAAUGAGAUUAGCCCUGCACACUGUCAUCUGCUGCUGUGUUUUCACCAGUGUCCUGCCACUGGUAAAAGGUGCCACAGGAGAGCUCAACACCAGUCUGAAAAAAAGGUUCAGAGUAUGGCUGCAGAGCCGUACGAAGAGGGACCUGCAAAGCAGCUUAUUGACAGUCAAUGACUGCUACUCUGACACCCAUGUUGGAUCACAGCAGCACGGGCAUACAAUAACUGUCUCACCUCCAUCAAGCUUUGGGCUAAAUAUCAGACCCAGGAGGUCAGCAUCAUCCAAAUCAUCCGGCUGCGUCCUAGUCACAUGUGCGUACCAUGACCUGCUCUACCGACUGCAUCAGAUUAACAACAGGCAAAAACAGUCCAAUGCCCCUGAGACAAAGAUCGGUUCCAAUGGCUACGGACGCCGUCGUCGCUCACUCCAGGAUGUCACUCAGCUUGCCCUCCAGACAGGAAGACAAAGCGGGAGCCCUGAAGCUGCUUUCAAAGUGAGCUUGGCAGCUGAGACAGAAGAUAAUCCCUGGCAAACUUCUCUGACAUGCCCAUGAACUUGAUGAGGAACCAAGGCCACGACGGUCAAGAAACUGACAUUACUGGACCCCCAACUGCAACAAGCAGGACCCUUUCACAAGUGAACUGAAUGUAUUGAACUGCUUGUGAAGUGCAAUUUAUACAAUAUGUACUCAUUGCAAACAUGUUACUAUCAGCUUGUACAGUAUAUAGGAUAUAUAAAGCUACUUUAUAUUUAAGCAUAUAAUACAGCUAUAUUUUUUAUACAGCCAAAAUACAUAUUAAACAUCUCUUUUUUGGAUUUUAACUUCAAUGAAGUAUGCAUCUUAACUGUGUAAAUAGUUAUCUUGUCCUGUAUUCUUCAUGUGAAUUAAGUGGGGCGAUUUGACCAAAAAGUAAUAAUAUCUAUUUAAUCGCAUUCACGAUUCAUGGCAAUUGUGAUCUUUUUUUCCCCCACAAAUUUGAAAUGCCCUGUAGAUAAUUUAGACUUGAAAUAACCUAUGAAUUUCUCAAUCUUCAACAUUAAAACCGGAGAAUGCAUUAAAGAUUGUUCUUUUUCGGCACUUGCUAUAAAUUAUGUUGCAUUAUUUACAAUACGUCAUUCAAGGAAGAUCCACGUAAAGUAAUUCUUCUAAACAACAUAGCCAUCUAUAUCACUUUAUUGAUAUGUUUGUGUAGCGUAGAUCUGCUAGUCAAUGAGAUUAUGUGAAGUUUGCAAACAGAAGUAAGCAAACUUUAAAUAUCACCUUCACCGUGAAGUCAUCAUAUUUCCCACACCUAAACAGCUGUGUUUUAAACCAAGGCUCAAGACAUGAUUGUGGUGAUUACACCUUAAUGGAAAUUAGUCACAGCAGAAAUGUUUUAGAUCUUUCAUAACAAUAUAUUUGGAUGGUGAAAGUCAAACAUGGCAACUUAAAAGCAAUUGCAAAGUAGACCCAUUUUUUGGCCACUCUUGAGAAAGUGAUGAAGAGCCUUGCUAUGAUGGCUAAUAAAAGUGCUGUGCUGCCAUCUAGCUUUACAGUAGGCAACAUGUAACAAACAGAGGCCAAACUGUUUCAAAAUCCAUGCAGCUUCAACAAAGCACGUACCGUGGUUAUGCCAAAUGUUUCAUCUUUAAAGCCUUAGUUUGAAAUUUAUCUGCUUCAUUAUUUGAAUGUAAUAAAUCCAAAUGUACUCAUAAUUCAGCUGAAAUUACUUGACACAGUAUUAUAUAACAUGAUUUGUGUCUCGUUGUGGUGAACAUGGCAGAAACUGUAAUAGCUUUCAGCUGGCUGUGGCUUUGUUUUUGAAAUAAAUGAAUGAAUGCAUCAACUUGAAGCGAGUUUGACAUUAUUCAGUGACCUAAUGUACCUAACGUCAAAUAUUCUGCUUGUGC